AUGAUGCAUGCGCUAUGCUGCGAAGCACAGUCGGACGCUGCAAGUGAAGUGCUGUUUGGGUAUGGGCCGAUAUCAGCAACAAGUGAAGCCACAACCGGAUCCUCAAGCAAGCCCCAUGAGGUUCUGGAUUCCCACAGGGUUUGCGAAGAUGAUGAUGAGGUUGUGCAUGCGGGCUGCGAUCCACCUUGCCACAAGAGCAUGUUGCUGACCUUCACCACUAGAACUGGCGAGUCAGAGGUGGAGUUCCACUCAAAGCCAUUGGGUAUCCGCUUCUCCCACGUCCACCCCUACGUUGUUACGGCCAAGGCUGAGCGGCCGGAUGCUCCAGAAGUCUCGCCAGGGUGGAUUCUGACUCACGUCAAUGGCAGAAAGCUGCCUGUCAGCUGGAGGCUAGCGGAAGAGAUGCUCAAGGAGGCUCUUCGAUGUCUUCCACAAGCCACGAAGAAAACUGCGAGGCAUGAGGUCCUGCCGCAUGCGCCCCGCAGAAGAUCUGUCGUGACAGAGGCUAUCGGGAUGCCUGCGACGAAGGGACGCUUCGAGGCAAAGUCAGGUGAGUCGGCAGGUGUUUUCGAUUGGGUGCCAGCGGGCUCGCUCGAACACAGCAUCACGAAUUAUGAGGUCGGCUUGGCCCGCUUGUUGAACGGACCCCAGAAGCAGUACGACUACUUGAAAGGCAAGCCCAGAUCCUGA